AUGAAUCUGACAACUGGAGGAGCGGUCAAUGGAUAUGGGGAAUGCUCUUUUACGUGUGGCUCAUUGGAUAUUUUUCCGCAAAUUCGAGAGCUAUGCGGAAACCAAAUACGAAAAAACACUCAUAAAGGAGGUGCCAAAACGCUCUGUCCCAUAUGUUGGCGCCCUUACGAGUUCACGGGCUUCCUUUACCGACACGUGAAGAAGAUGCAUCCCGAGACUUUCUAUCUUUUCACGGAAAUAUCCAAUGCUGCAACAGAAACGGCACAUAGUGGUCGAGAUGCAGUCUUAAUAGCAAAUAAUUAUAAUGGAGCCUUGAAAACUCGGGAUGUGCUAACGAUGCGUCAUACUCCUGAUCAUGGAAAAAGUCGCAAAAAUAAAAUGCCAGAAGUUGAUGCGUCGCAAAUGAUAUUAUCCUCUAUGGAAAAUCUUUUCUACAACUGUGGGGCAUCCCUGGAAAUUUCGUGCGAGGAAAACUACGAAUCAGACGAUGAUCUCAUGGAAAACAAACGAAACAAAAUCACUAGGAGAAAAGCCUAUCUGGAGAAGGCAGAUUUCUUUCCUACGGAGGAAGCAAUGCUUUGUGAAGAAAUCCAACGAAAAGAGAAUGGUGUGGUUGCUCGAAAUAAACGUGGAAAAUUUGAUUCCUGGAAUUUAAAAAGGAUAGAGCAGGCUACUUGUGUGCAUAAUCUCAGUUUAAAAACAUCAGACCAGCCAGGACUCCUCACACGGUUGUAUAUCCAAGGACUUGGGAAUAUGCGGCACGAAACCAUCGGAUGUAUGUACAAUCAAGAGGAGAAAACUAAAAUAAAUAAUCCAGUUCCCAAGCAGUGGGGAGAUCCAAAUCCAAUACCUAUUCUUAUUGCUCCUUUCCUUGAAGAUAAUAAUGUCAAUAGUAUUGAUUUGUCUGGAGAGGUUGAAAUAGAAGGAGGAUCCAAGCGACCAAUCCGUCAGUCCCUCUCUAACCAUACACUAAGCCCUCGAAAGAAAGGAAAUACGCUAAGUCUGGAAUUAACAAUUGAAGAUAUUACGGCGUUUCCUUUUCGAUGGAGGGAUGAAGUUAUCACUCAGCCAGAGGAAACCUGCAUAAUGAAUGCACAACCGAUAAAGAGAACAGCAAGGAAAAGAAACACUACUUAUAACCAACCUUGA